AAAUGGCCUCGUGUGAAUCAAUGUGCCCAGUCGCUGAAAUAAAUUUUCGAAGCCGGAAUCAUCUGAUAGAUCAAUUAGAAGCUACUGCAUCGACUAGUUCAGGACCCCGGUCAAAAUACGUUGCAGAUCCGACGAAAAUGGUCAAAGAGUACUCACGAUCAGCUGCUGACACCCAUAAAUACAACAAACCGGAACUAUUAAGGCCUUUUCCCGUUCUACAACACACAAUAGACUAUCUUCUGGAUUUGUACAGUCCGUUUAAAGACAGGCGGUCAGCGAUCACUUCCAAACAAUUCGCAUCGAUUUUUUCGUUUGUUUCGGAUCGUCUACGAUCAAUUCGACAGGAUAUGAUUAUGCAAAACUUGCGUGGAGAUUUCACUGUAAUUCUUAUUGAGAAAAUGCUUCCAUUCUACAUAGAAACUGACGGAGCUUGCAAGAUGGCAAAAUGUCAGAGUUAUGACCCGAAAUUGCACGAUUUUCAGUUGGAAGAGUGCUUUGGAAGGUGGUUUGAAGAAGUCUCGAAUUCCACUGAUAUUAUCCCGAAUCCCUUGAUAUCGGCCUGCUUCUUCUUCAGACAAUUACAUCGAAAAUCAUCAAUUCUUCAUGAUCUCUACCUAUUUCGUCGGAAACUACCACACGAAUCAUUUAAUCUCAUUCAAAGCAUAAUAUCAUCAUUUUAUUCCUCAAAUUAUCGCCGAUUUUUCGAUAUUUUCCAACAACUCGAUCCACUUCUCAAGCACUCACUCUCGGAUUGUGUCUCAAUUCUUCGUCAAUCAGCGAUGAAAAAUAUAUCCGUGGCAUUCAAGACUCCUGUCGCUAGGCUUCCAUCUCAAUUGCUAUCCGAUUGGCUUGGAUUUCCAGCGAAUCUCGAAUUUUUCGACGAUUUUCUUCGUUUGUACAGUGUGAUUCCUGAUGAGCAAGGAAAUAUUCUGAUUUCUGCUCUACGACCACCCGUGGAAAUUUCGUAUCAAGAUUUUUCUUCGAGACAAUAUGAAUAAAUUUAUUGUGAUUU